AUGGCUGAUCAACAAACAAAUGACACUGGUCAGUCAAACUUUACAGAAAUUGUCAGCUUGUUGAGACAAGAGGAAUCUUUGCUUUCAGGUGGUUCUAAUAUAGUGAUAACACAGUAGCUAAUAAUACAAAUGCAUCAUUAAGGCCACCUAACAGUUCAAUCGUGACAGAGAAUUCGAAUGUGGAUAAUGUGCCAUCAGUAGCGACAACGUCGACAAGUUCUAAUAGAUCCUUGGCGAUCUUUCGCUCGCGUUCUUUCAGUUACAAUCGUGGAUCAUUUCGGCAAAAUUCAUCUCGUGCGUCUUCAGGUCCACCGCCAAAACGAAAACGAACACUUUCUCAGUUUGUACCCAAAGAUACGUGGACCCAUGAAUUCUUUUGUUUGGCUGAUCGCCAUCAAAACUAUCAACUAACUCAAGGACAAAAAUGUGACCUUCAGCUUGCUAGGUUAGGAAGAAAAGUUUUUAAAAAAGAUGGUAGUGCAUCUGCUCUUGUGGCCAAACUCGAAGAAUAUUUUCCCAAAUUUCAGAAUUGUGGUGGCUUUCGAAAUCCUUCGUAG